AUGCUCUUCAAGUUCAUACUAGCUACAAUCGCUUUGUCAACUAUUGGCACGUUGCUCCUUCUUUUUGGAGACUCGCCCAGCUGCAGAAACACGCCCGCGCCGAAAGCAAGAGCACACCUCUUGAACGCCACAAGGGGAAUCAACACCGCGUUCAACUACUUGGACAAAAAAGCAGAUGGUCACCUCAUUCAGUACCUAGGCUGGGCUGUGCCCGUGGGCUAUCUCGUGGUUAUCAGUAUCUGCUUUCAGCAGUUUCUACUGAAAACAAUGCCGCUCCUUUUACCCGUGCUGUUGCUACAAUUGAUCUACAUUUUAGGGUCCAUGUUUGCCAUAUUCGGCACUACAAUUGCCUGCAUCUUUAUCAGUCCAGGCGAAGUAACCAGGGAGUCGAUCAAACACUACCCCUUUCAGCCGGAUCAAUUGAUUUUUUUCAAAGAUGCCGCUGACUGUAGAACAUGUCGACUACCAAAGCCAGCACGGUCCAAGCACUGUUCCGUUUGUGAUAGAUGCUAUCUUUUAUACGACCACCACUGCGUCUGGCUCAAUAACUGCAUCGGCUGGCGAAACUACAAGUGGUUUGUCGCGUUCCUUUUGGCAAACAUCAAUAUGCUCUGCUACGGUGGAGUGCUUUGCUUUUCGGCGCUUUGGUCGCAAAUGACCAAUUGGAGGGACUUUUGGCGAGUCGUGACGAGAACCACCGAUGCGAACAAGGUCACUGGGAUAUUUGUCAUCUUGUGCGUCAUUUUCAGCAUCAUCACCACCCUGUUUACCAUUCUCCACUUACGGUAUAUAUAUCUUGGAGUCACCACGAACGAGGUUGAGAAAUGGUCGACUAUUGAGGAGCUUAUUGAUAUCGGGGUAUUGUAUCGUGUCUCGCCUGCGAUACAGGGGGAAAAUUACGUGGAAGAAGCGAGUUUUAAUGGCCAAAUACUUUAUAUCAGCUUGAAGGAUGAACGAGUUGUGCUUCGUGGAGAUAAUUUGCGAGACCAUAAUUUGACUCAGGUCUUGUCGGUGGUGGAUGACAUCGACAAUGUGUAUGACAAAGGGUUCUGGCUGAACCUCGUUGAGAGAUGUACUGGGGUUUAG